UUUUCACAUUAAAAAUAUGAGUUGGUACAAUUUAUAAACAACCCGGCCCAUCAAUUUGAUAGAAUUCAAAUUGAUGGGCUUGGGCCCACGUUCUCUUAGUUUUUCAAUAUCGAUCGAGAUCAGAAUCUGGCGCCGGCAAGUAUGGAGUCCCCGCCGUCAGCAGCUACCAGCGUCCGAAACCCUAACGGCGACCGGAAAUUUCUUGGUCUCUUCCAGAAUGCCAGGAAACAUAAACAAAGCUUCAUACAAUUCUUCGCUAUGACCGGAAUUCUACUGCUGAGUUGCCGAUCGCUCGGUCAGAAGUACCGCAUUCACGGCCUGACGGAGGACAACGUAGCGUUGAAGGAGGAGCAGGAACGACUUAUGGCACGCAUGGAUCACAUCAAGCAAGGUCUCCAAGCUGAAGCUGCUCUCGAGCCGACUGGUGCUUUCGCCACUAGGCUUCGUCUUCUCUUUGGAGAUGAUAGUAAUUGAGUGAGGAAAUGGAUGAAAAUAUUUGUUUGUUUUCUGAUAUUAUCAUAUUUAUAAAGUCCGAUGCUCGGUUUUGUGCUCAAAAAAGAAUUAUGGGGUUAGACUGAAUUGUAGAAGAUGGAUCUUAUCCUAAUGUGAAAUGUGAUGCUAACCUGAGAUGUUAUGGGAUGAUUGCAAGUGCUUGUUAUGAUUUCGGUUAAGCAUUUGGAGCCA